AAUCAAAACACACAAACAUGCUACACUCAGACAAGAAAUCGGUCUCUUCCAUUAACCAAGAAGAAUAUGGCGCUGUGAAAAGACCGAGCUAUUUUAUUCCGGCCGCGCUCGUAACUACCUUAUUCUUUCUUUGGGGUUUUAGUUAUGGUUUACUCGAUACUUUAAACAAACAUUUCAGAAAUGUUCUUGGUAUUUCUACAACUAUGUCCACUUUUAUGCAAGUCGCUUAUUUCGGUGCCUACCUCGUCUUUUGUAUACCUGCAAGUUACAUUUGUAAAAAGAUUGGGUACAAGAAAACCAUUAUUUUCGGUCUUUUCCUUUACGUAAUUGGUGCACUCUGUUUCUAUCCUUCUGCUGUUUACUUGAGCUUUGGUGGAUUUGUAGGCUCUCUUUUUAUUAUUGCCUGUGGUAUCUGUACAUUGGAAACUUGCGCAAAUUCUUAUAUUACAAUUGUUGGUGACAGAAAGAACGCUUCUUUGCGUAUUAACAUUGCUCAAUCAUUUAACGGUAUUGCCAGUGUACUUGCGCCUAUUGUUGCAUCCUUUGCAUUCUUUGGUGGCGAAUCUGAAGAUGAUGUUGUAGGUGGUAGUUUAGAAUCAGUCAAAUGGACCUAUGUUGGUGUAGCGGGUGGCGUCUUCUUUAUUGGUGUCUUAUUUUGUUUUGCGCAUAUCCCUGAAAUUGAUGAAGAAGCUGUCAUGUUGGCCGAGUCCAAAGAAACCGGUGAGAUCGUCCGCAGAGCUUCCUUAUAUUCUCCUCAUUUGGUUUUGGGUGCCAUCUCUCAAUUUUUAUACGUAGGUGGUCAAGUUGGUGUUGCAUCCAUGUUCUUAUUUUACGCAAGCGAUGUGGGUCAUAUUUCUGAUUCAAAGGGAUCUAUCUUGUUAUCGGUUGCUUUGGGUUGCUUUACCAUUGGUCGAUUUGUAGGUAUUGGUCUCUUGAAAAAGUUUCGUCCCGAACACUUGCUGGCUGCAUUCUCACUCGGUGCCAUCAUUACCAUGGUCUUUAUCAUUGCCAUGAAAACACCCGGUACUACCUAUGCUUUAUUAGUUCUCAUGUUCUUUGAGAGUAUCAUUUUCCCCACCAUUUUCUCAUUGGGAACCAAAGAUUUGGGAAGAAAUCACAAACGUGGCUCUGCUUUUAUUAUUAUGGGAACAGCAGGUGGUGCUUGUUUACCUCCUAUCCAAGCUGUCGUACAUGACCAUACCAAUGUCAAUAUUUCUUUCAUUGUGCCUUUAAUUGCCUUUGUAUUUGUAUUUGGUUAUGCCAUCAUAGGUCAUACAUGGAUCAAAUACGUCAACGAACCUCUUGCAGAUACAUCUUCUAUCAACCAGGAAACUUUUGAAGAUAAACUUGUUGUUGUUAAAACAGAGAAUGUUCGUCAAUAAUAUAUUGGCCUGCAUGAUACCCCCCUCCCUUUUCUUAUAAUGAAUAAACAAUUUGGUUUAAUCUGGAUAUCUCGCUCAAUUAAAUUUAGGUGUUAAUUACUUUUUUUUGAGUUUGAAGCAUGGCGCAGGAAAUUCCUAUAACUCAC